AUGGGUAGGGAGGGGAUCACCACCGAAAUACACAUGACAGAAUGGAACAGUUACUUUAUGGUAUUAUUGGGAGAGGUUGAAACGAGGCUAACGGCGUUGGGUGGCGAGGGGGGAGGUGGGGGAGAGGAGAUAGCAGAAGAGGAGAUGGAAGCAGUGCUUAGGGGAUUGAAGAAGGGAAAGGCGCCAGGUGGAGAUGGGAUCCAUAACGAGGCAUGGUUGGAACCAUCAAGGGUGGUGAGAGUGAAGUUGUUGGAGGGGAUGAAUAGCGUAUGGAGAGGUGGUGGGAUUCCGGAGGGAUGGAUAGUGGGAGUAAUUUGCCCAGUAUAUAAAAAGGGUAAUAAGGGAAUUGUAGAUAGCUAUAGGGGAAUUAACCUACUAGACUCGGCAUACAAGGUAUAUACGAAGGUACUGUUGGGAAGACUGAAGGAGGAGAUGAAGGGGGGAAUUUUUCCGGAUGGGCAAAAUUCCCCCCAACUCCCCAUCGACAACAUGUAUGUGCUGAAGCAUCUGGCAGAUAGAGAGCUGGAUGGUGGACAGGGGGAAGUUGUGGGAGGAGAUGGAGAGCAGGAAGAUCACGGAACACCUAAUAGCGAGAGUGAAGGAAAUAUACAUGGAGACUAG